CCUGUUUGGCAGUUAAAAGACGGCAGAACUCAUGCUUCUGGUCAACUCCCACGGUUUCCCCUGCUUUAUCUGCAUUCUUUUGAAGCCGAAUGGCAUCCAAGAAAGAUAGUAAAGCUCCUCCUCCAUCCUCGAAGCCCGCCAAGUUUGGAGGAGGGAAGCAAAAGAACAAGAAGUGGAGCAAGGGAAAGCAAAAGGAGAAGGUGAACACCAUGGUAUUGUUUGAUCAAGCAACCUAUGGUAAGCUCCUUUCGGAAGUUCCAAAGUACAACUUAAUUACGCCAUCCAUCAUGUUUGACAGAUUGAGGAUCAACGGAUCCUUGGCUCGUCGGGCGAUUAAGGACUUGAUGGCAAGAGGAUCAGUUACGCUAAUAGCUGCUCAUGCCAGCCAGCAAAUCUACACUAGAUCCAGCAGCACCUAAGCUUAAAGAUAUUUCUUUCUCCGUCAGUGCCAAAGUAGCCUGCAUACAUUUGUUAGAUAACUAAUACUCCUACCAUCCCCAUGAGGACGGCAUUUUGUUAGACCCUCACUUCUUCACUCUGAUCAUGGCUUGCACUCUUACUUCUGAUUUGGUCCUGGACAAU